CUUGUCGUAUAAUCAACUUGCUGUCUUACCCCUCAUUUCUCUCCGCCCCCUUUACACCACAUAUCUCACCCUCUUAUCAACACCCCUCAGCUGCAUGACCACCUCCACCCAUCAUGAUAUCAGAAGAGCUUCUUGAGGACUGUCUCCAGGGCCUUCAGGGCCAAGAAUUUGACGAGGAGGAACAGGCGGAGAAAGCUGAAGACUUCCUGCGCGAGAAGACCUCCUUGUCGGGGGCAUCCUUAGAGAAUGCCGUGCUAGAUGUCCUUUGGAGACAUCGAAAUCGCACUCUUCCAGGAUCCUCCCCUCCGCCUCCUCGACAUACAGUCAUUCGCCGCUCAUCACCCGCCCCCUGGCAGAUGGCCCGUUCGUCAACCCCGUUGUCACCCCAUUCGAAUCUUGGAACCAGUCCGGGGAGCACCUCUUGGCUUCCGAACUCGCGAGGCGGCUUUUCGCGACCGCCAUUGUCCUCGACUGUAUCGCCAUUUACUUCCCCGCGCCCGUCUCCCCGACUCGCUCUUGCUCAACCGAUUCCUCACUCCCCUAAUCUAAACGCAUACGAAUUCUCCGACCAGAGCCAAGUGUCUGAUUUCUACGGGGACUUUGGUAGCGACAGCAAUGUGGACUGGCUAGUAGCAGACGAUGCAAAUAGUACUACCUCUUCUGUGGGAACAUACAGCCUCGCAGCUGGACUCAGCGCUACGGCCCCUGAGUUUGUUCCGGAUAUGAGUCCUCAUGAUAUCUUGCGCACCGUGCUCGGGGAUAAGAGGACGAACGAAGAAAUAGAGACUGCGUUGGAAGCAAAUAGUUACGAUUUAGGCGCUACCAUUGCGUCGCUAUCUCAAGGUCACGAUGCGGAUGCGAUUGUGCAUCAUACCGACGACGGUCGCGUGGUUGUCGGAAAAUCGAUGGCAAUGGAACAAGCAAAACCUGGUAGUAGUUCUCCAGGGCAAAUCCGUAGCCCGGUGGUCUGCAAGUAUUGGCUAUCUACAGGCCAAUGCCUUCGCGCCGACUGCCGGUUUAGCCACGACCUAACCAAUCAUCUUUGCAAGUACUGGGUCAUGGGAAAUUGUCUUGCAGGUGACGGGUGCCCUUUUUCGCACGACCCUUCCGCGCUCGUCGCGAAUCUCAGCAUGACAGAUGGUGGUCACCAAAGCUCGACUGGUCCGCAAUUCCACGUAGAUAGUGCCUCGGAGGCAUUCCCUCCUUUGCAAUCCACUCUAGGAGUCGGCGACCAAUGGGCCAGCCAAUACCUUGGCAAAUAUCCAGCUCAUUUAUCCGGUCUCAUGGGAGGCAAGGGCGUCCCACAGGCGAUGCAACUUGUCACGGGCAAGCGAAAUGGAAGUUCAACACACGGGUCUCGCUCUCAUUCCCGGCCCGGUAGCAGGCACCAGAAUCGUGAACUAAAUCCGACCGCACCAUCUGUGGAUGAUCCAGACGCAUUUCCUACCCUUGCUGCUGUCAGCGCCAAAAAUAAGAAGCAUCAUGGUAAACGCGGCGCACAUAAUCGUGAAACUAAUUCAAAUAAAGAUAGUCUGCCUACGUCACUAGCAGAUGUCGUACGCAUGUCUCCUUCUCCCGCGGCUGGCAAGGGGAAAACCACAUCUAGAAACAAAGAAGGAGCCAAAGGCCGUGAAAACAGUGCUGCUGCCCAGUCUAUCCCGCCGCCGCAAAACAUCCCUUGGCUUGAGACGGGCUCGCGAGCCAACCAGCAAUAUAUCAAGUACCGUACGGAAGCCAUUCGCCAUGGCACAGUAAGGAACAAGUUUCUCCAAAGUGCGGCCCAAGCUUGGAAUCGUAAUGAUGCUAGAGCAGCAAAAGCUUUGUCUUUGCGGGGUCAGGCGGAGAAUGAGGCCAUGCGUAAGUGCCAUCGAGAAGCCGCGCGGCAAUUAUACGAGGAGCGAAAUAAGCAUAUACUCCAUGCCGGUCUGGACGACUCCUUGGAAGAGCUCUAUGUGGACUUGCACGGUCUACACCCCGAGGAGGCAAUUGAGUACCUAGAGAAGAUACUCCUCAAGCAUGCUCAUGAAGACCGACGUGUUGUGUACGCCAUCACGGGUACAGGCCACCAUUCUAAGAAUGGGAAAGACAAGAUAGGGAAGGCAGUCAAGGCUUGGCUGAACGAGUGGAAAUACCUAUUCCGUGAGUUUAGUGUACCUGGAGAAAGGGGCGGGUACGUAGGUGGGAUCCUAGGAAUCGACCCCACGAGUUACGAUAAAUCUCUAGCCAAAAGUCUAGAAGAUAGCGCCGAUACAACAAUAAUCGCUGACGGAAACCAGCCCGUCCUGGCAAUGGGCAAAAUUCAACUACUAAAGCGUGAGGACUUGGAACCGAAACAUACCUAAACACAGGUUUUCCAACCCGUGACAUGGUGGAAAGGAAUAACCCUUGUGCUGCAAGUUCCCUUUACGGUCCGUUAUGGUAUCCAUGGAGCGCUUGCAACCGACGGACCGCUUUUCUGCUUUUCUCGGUAUGUGAAGCAAGUUCCGAGAUUGGAGCAUCGGUUCCAGCUAAGUCCAUGCAUACAUGCAGAAAUCCAG